CCAGCCAACAUUUAGAAAUAACAGGAUCUGAAAAGAAGAAAACACAGGAAAAGGAAAAAAAGAAAAAAGGAAAAGAAAAAAGGACAGUGUAUCUUCCCCCAAGAUGAUAGAAAAGGAGGAGAAAGAAUUGCCAGCUGAGAAGAUACCACAUCAGAAUUCUUCAUUUUUAAGCCUGCAGAGUGGUAUGAUUUCCCAGAAAAAAAAUGCAGUGGCUCAGCGAAUAUCAUCAGCAAGACUUCACAAAAUUAAAGAGCUGAAGAAUGAAAUCAUCUAUUUGCAACACCAACUAGAAGCAUCAACCUUAGAAAACCACCUUUUGAAACAGCUUCAGUAUCGACACUCAAAAGCAAUAGGUAGAUACGAAAGUUCAGAAAGUAACUUGACAGGUCUUUUAGCAAGUCAUUAUAAUGAGGUGAGAGCCUUAAGGGAACUCCUGAGGAUGUCUCAGGAGGAUGAGAGAAAUACAUCCAGGAAGCUCAGAAAAGUUGAAGCAGAGUUGAUGAAAGCUAAAGAUGCUUUGCAGACCUUGCUUAUGCUUUCAGAAGACAAAGCUCUUGCAGAGAGAGAGGAUCUUGGUCACAAAUUGGCAGUCCUUACAGAAAAAUUGGAAGUGAAUGAUACGAGAAUACAGAGCCUAGAAAAGCAACUGAAGUUGAACAAUAGCAUCUUUAGACGUCAGCUGGCAAGUGAGAACAAAAAAGCUGUGGAAGCUGGGAUAAUUACAAAGAACUUGCAAAUGGAAAUUAACUCUCUUCACCAAAAAAUUAAGGAAAAGGAUCGGCAACUUCAUGUAAAAAAUAUCUAUGCAAAUCGGAUGUUUAAAAUCCUAAAAGACAAAAGUGAUUCAGUACCUCAUGAAAAAAGUCUUAGUAUAAGCAGAUCAGUACAAGUAGAUAAACAGAGUUUUAGAUCACUGCUGCUGUCACAGUACCAAAUGCAGGAAACAGAAAAAAGUGCGAUUCAGCUAACAAAGGAGAAAAAGUCUUCAGAAGAUGAAAAUCAAAAAGCUAAAGCAAAUGAAGAAUACAAAGAUGUCCAAGGUAGAACAGAAAAGCAAUCAACCAAGAAAAUACCAAAGCCAGAAACUUCUAAGAGAACACAUAGAGAGUAUUUAAGGGAGAGCAGACUACUGAUGGAAGAAUAUGCUUGUUUGGAAUAUGUGAAAGAAGACGAAAAAGAGAAAGAUUUGCUUAAACAGGAGCUAAGAAAACUGAUGAAAACUGAACAAACUCCUGUAAGCGACAGUGUAAAGGAGAACAAUCAAGGGAAAGAUGCAAUGGAAGAAUAUAAAGAAGAAGAAAAAAGGCCAGACGAACAGCUAAAUAACAGUGAGAAGGCAAGGAGUAAAUGCAUAACUCCAAGUCCGAGAAACAAAACACCCCCUAGGCUGAAAAAAAAAUACAUCUUCUCAGAAGCCACUGAGAAUUUGCACUAUGGGCUUCCUACACCAGGUACCAAAUCCAAAAAAGGCAGUCUUUGCAACCAUAGACCUGCAGGACAGGAGUGCAGUGAGACAGCUGAAUCGAGAGUGGAAAAUUCCUCUGGGCUAUACGAACCAUCUUUUGGUGAAGUUACCAAAACAAGGCAGAAGGACAGUUCCACUGAAGCGAAAGGCUGCGCUCAUAUGACAUUCGCUGAAAGGAAAAUCAGUCUUAUGAAAGAACUCUUUGGACCAGGCUGUGUUUGAAGAGACAGACAUUCAAGUUCUAACAUGAGAGGAAUGAAGAGAGAGAAGUGAAAGGAUGCACAAUUACACAAGCCCAGUUUCAAACCACCACCACUAGUUCAUGAUGUAAAGCAUCUAACACUAAUGAAAUCGUUACGAAUAACCUCAUGAGAAUACACAAACUAGUUAUUUGACGUUUCGUUAGGUACAUCAACUUAUCUUUAGAAAUACAUACAAUUUAA